CUGUAAAUCAACAACAAAAAACUUACAAAUUAUCCAGUGAGUACAUCAUUCAAGUUGUUGAAAUAUACCAAGUGGAAAAAUCUCGAUUUUGUGUAAUGAAAGCAACAGUAUAUAAUAUAGUCGUGGACACGUCGCCUACAAUGGUGUAUUAAUAUACAGGGACUAAAUAUUUAACCAAAACCUAGAAUUUAUGGGACACAAGAUAUCAACAAUUAUCCAAGAAAUUCAACAGCAAAAAUUACAAGGACCUGUAUGUGACAGAGUUCAUGGUCAUCAUCAAUAUUUGCAUGCCGAAAUAACGCCGAUUGUACUAUUUGGUACAGAUAAAAGCGGUUGCUCCACUUUUCAGGUUUCUCAAUGCAUUGGAGAUCUUGAAACUUCUAUUUGCUGAAAUAUAGGUCAUCUAAACAACGAUGUUGGCGAGGGGCCGGAGGUUUGCAGUUUGCAGUGAAAUAAUUGGAGGCAAAUGAUUCCAAGUGUGGCUAUAUAUCAAAAAGACAACUCUUAAAGUUAGACCAACACUUAGCAGAUGUGUCUAGUGGCAUGGUGGAAUCCAGUUUGGAGGUUGACGAACUUACAGAGCAAGAAGUUGAAGAUGAGGAAUCAAAUACUAUCCAGGUAAAGCCUCAGACCAGGGUGAUAUCAUGUGAAUACCAUGUAGUGUACAGUGACAGCUAUAGUGUACCAGUCCUGUAUUUUAACAUGUAUCAUGACAGUGGGAAACUCCUGACCCUGGAUGAAAUAUGGUCCUUAGUACCUCAAAUUUACCAAAGCAGACUUAGCCAAGAAAGGUGGACAUUCCUUACGCAGCAGGAACAUCCUAUAUUGGGCAGGCCAUAUUUCCAGCUUCACCCUUGCCAUACAGCCAGUCUCAUGAAGCAUAGCGUCCUCUCAAGAGCCACCAAACCAGAGAUAUCCACAGAUACUGCACAGGGUUUAGCAGGGGUCAGUGCCACAAGCCAUACGCCCAGCAUGAGAAGAAAAGGAAGCUAUUUAGUCCAGUGGCUGAGUUCAGUUGCACCAGUGGUGAGACUUGGAAUGUCUUUAGAGUACGGGUUGAUAGGGAAUAAUUGAGGCAACAGGUGUGAACCAUACCUACAAGCCAGGGGUGUUGCCUACUAUGCCUGUGCUACAUAAGGGAAAGCUUGGCAGUUGGAGAACACAGAUGAGACAAACCUGGGUUUGGAUUUUCUGAACAGGAUUCCAAUGACAUCUUUGACUGAAGUAGUCACAUAAAUCUUUUCUAUUCAUGAUGGGCCUCAGCCUGCACUUUCUCAAUUCAAUAGGUCUAAUCCUAAGAAAGUUACGACUGGUUGCAAGGAAAAUUACCAAGGAUUAAAAAAGUGCAGUUGUCAGUAUAUGUAAAACUUUUAAUAGUUAUUUUACAUUAGUAUGGGAAUAUCUGUCUUAAAC